AUGGGUGAUUCGAAAAUGUCAUCAUCCAUCACCGACAACCUCACCACUACUACCAACGCCGUCGACACAACCGCCACCACCACCACCACCUCCUCCUCCUCCCCUGCAGACGACAAGAAAGGACCUAUACCCGUGCUCGACGAGGAUGGACUCCUGACGAAGACCAUGAGCCUGUCCGGGUCUGGAGAAGGGAGAGACAUGUCUGCAUCUAAACCUAUCGAUCCUGAAGCCGAGAAACGACUCGUGUGGAAAUUCGAUCUGAGGAUUCUCCCGGUCCUGGCAAUCAUGUAUUUGUUCAAUGCAUUGGACAAAGGAAAUAUUGGAAACGCAAAGACAGCCGGACUCGAAAAAGAUCUCAACCUGCAGGGCAAUGACUACAAUAUAAUCCUGUCAGUGUUUUUCGUCCCGUACGUUCUCACGGCGCCGUUUCUGGGUAUCGCGGGCAAAAAGUUCGGUCCUAGUCGUGUGCUCCCGAUCAUGAUGUUCUGCUUUGGAUUUUCGACGCUCAUGGUCGUAGCGGUGCAAAACUUUGGAGGGUUGAUGGCUUGUCGAUGGUUCUUGGGCAUGGCUGAAAGUGCAUUCUUCCCGCUUGUCAUCUAUUAUCAGACUUUAUUCUAUCGUCGAGGCGAACUCGCUCGUCGUUUAGCUCUGUUCUACGCCGCAUCCUCAAUUGCGAAUGCUUUUAGCGGUCUGUUGGCCUUUGGCGUCUUCCACAUCCACUCCGGCUCGAUUGCGAACUGGAGGUACCUCUUUGUCAUCGAGGGGGCGUGCAGCAUGCUCUUUGCCAUAUUCGCCUUCUGGGUGUUGCCGUACAACGCAGCGUCUGCGACAUUCCUAAGCGCCGAGGAGAAGGAGCUCGCCUUCUACCGCAUCCAGGUCGACAGCAGUGCGAUCGUGGAUGAGAAAUUCAAUCUGCGCAAAGCGUUGGGUAUUUUCAAGCACCCCACCACGUGGGUCAUUUUGGCCAUUGAGAUGUGCUUGGGGGUUCCGCUGCAGAGUGUGUCGCUGUUCUUACCCGUCAUCGUCAAAAGGCUGGGAUACAGUACGGUGAAGACGAACUUGUACACUGUCGCGCCGAAUAUCACGGGAGCAGCAAUGCUUCUUAUCCUCGGAUUCGCAAGCGACUUUACGAGGUGGAGGUUCCCUUUUGUCGCACUGGGAUUCGCUUUCACCUGUAUCGGCUUCAUUAUUUAUGCUUGUGUGAAUGUUCACACUCAGAUCCACGUCGCAUACUUUGCCUGCUUCAUGAUGACAUGGGGAACAUCGGCGCCGAGCGUGAUUCUAGAUGUCUGGUACAACAAUAACUUGGCCGACGAGAACAAACGAGUCAUGUUAACGAGCGUGGGUGUACCUGUUGCAAACCUCAUGGGGGUAGUAAGCUCCAACAUCUUCCAAGCAAAGGACGCACCUAAAUACCUUCCCGCUCUCGUGACGACGGCGUGUUUCGGUGCAGUUGGGUGUCUCCUCACGCUGCUGCUGGGCUUCUGGAUGAUCAUCGACAACAAAAGGCGCGACAUGAGGAUGGGAAAGAAGAUUCGCGCCCAGGACAUCCCGAGCGAAUCCAUGAGGGAUGGGCCGAGUUCGGAAAUGUACAGAUGGUUUUAUUGA